AACAACUAAAAUGUCCUGUAUUCACCAAAAAAAAUUCAACCACUUUACGGCAAGAAAACAAGAGUGUUAGAAACUGUAGCGCCUGCGCACAGCCAGCCUGUACUUCAGACGCCGACUGUCAGGAUAACAAAAUCUGCUGUGAAAUCUGCUGUGGGUUCAGAUGUGUUACUGGUAUCAGUGAAUCCGCACAAGGACCUAAUGAUGUAAAGCAGGAAACACAUCAAAGGAAUGGUGAUAACAAAUUAAGAAAAACAAGAGAUGUCAAUAAAGAUGGUGAAACAAAAAAUAGCAGCCCUGAAGAUGGAAAAAGCAGCAAAGAGAUGGACAAAGCACAAGGAAAGAGCAGAGAAAAUCAUGAUGAAAAAGGUUAUAAGAUAGCAGAAGAGAAUAAACAGGCUAAACAUGGGGAAAAGGGUCAUAAAACAGCUAUAGAGAAGCAAGAGGAGAAACAUGGUAAAGAGGGACUGACCGCAGCAGCAGAGAAGAGUCAGCAAGAGCAUGCAGGCAAUGUAGUUAGAGAGAGAAGGAAUGCCAGAUCUGGUAAUCAUGGGGAAAAGCAAGGCCAUAAAGAAGGAGAAAGACUAGGACAGGAACCAGGAGAAAGAGAAGGUCAGAAGAAGGGAGAAAGAAGAGCCUGUUCAAACAAUAAUAGAAGAGAUGGGGUUGCUAACGCUAAGGAUGUAAAUGAAAAUUCCAAAGAUGAGGAAAGUAAUGAGCAAGGACAACAAAAUCAUCGUGAAAGAGGUCGCAAUAUAACAGAGGGAAAGAGAAGUGAAAAUCAUGAUGAAAAUGGACAUAAGAUAGCAGACGAGAACAAACAGGCUAAACAUGGGGAAAAGGGUCAUAAAACAGAAAAAGAGAAGCAAGAGGAGAAACAUGGUGAAGAGGGACUGACCACAGCAGCAGAGAAGAGUCAACAAGAGCAUGCAGAUAAUGUAGUUAGAGAGAAAAGAAAUGCCAGAUUUAGUAAUUACGGGGAAAAACAAGGUCAUAAAAAAGGAGAGAGAUUAGGACAGGAACCAGGAGAAAGGGUAGGUCAGAAAAACGGAGUAAGAAGAGCCCGUUCAAAUAAUAAUAGAAGAGAUGUGGUUGCUAAGGAUGUAAGUGAAAAUUCCAAAACUGAGGAAAAUAAUGAGCAAGGACAAGAAAAUCAUGGCGAAAGAGGUCAAAGAAUAGCAGAGGGGAAGAGAAAAGAAAAUCAUGGUGAAAAGGGUCAUAAGAUGGAAGAAGAGAAACAUGGUGAAGAGGGACAGGACACAGCAGCAGAGAAGAGUCAACAACAGCAUGCAGGCAAUACAGUUAGAGAGAAAACACAUGCUAAAUCUGGUAAUAACGAGGAAAAGCGAGGCUAUAAAGAAAGAGAGAGAGAAGGACAGGAACCAGGAGAAGGUAUAGGUCAGAAUAAGAGAGAAAGAAGAGCCCGUUCAAAUAAGGAAGCUAAGGAUGUAAAUGAAAAUUCCAAAUCUGAGGAAAGUAGUGAGCAAGAACAACAAAAUCAUGGUGAAAGCGGUCCCAACAUAGCAGAGGAAAAGAUAAAAGAAAAUCCCAGUGAAAAGGGUCAUAAGAUAGCAGAAGAGAAAAGACAGGCUAAACAUGAAAAAAAGGGUCAUAAAACAGCAAAAGAGAAUCAACAGGAGAAACAGGAUGACAAGGGACAGGCCACAGCAGCAGAGAAGAGUCAACAAGAGAAUGCAGGCAAUGCAAUUAGAGAGAAAAGACAUGCCAGAUCUGGUAAUCAUGGGGAAAAGCUAGGCCAUAAAGAAGGAGAGAGAAAAGGACAGAGCAGUGAAGAAGAUGGGGUCAAACGGGGCAAAUCAAGAGGAAAGAGAGAUGUCAGUGAAAAGGAUGAACAGAGAAGGGAAGAAGAUGAUGGUAAAAGAGGUCGCAAAAUAGCAGAGGGAAAGAGAAAAGAAGAAUGUGCUGAAAGAGGUCGCAAUGUAGUAGAGGAAAAGAGAAGAGAAAUUCAUCUUAAAAAAGAUCGCAUUAUAGCAGAGGGAAAGAGAGGAGAAAAUCAUGGUGAAAGAAGUCGCAAUAUAACAGAGGGAAAGAGAAGAGAAAAUCAUGAGGAAAGAGUUCGCAUUAUGGCAGGGGAAAAGAGAAAUGAAAAUCCUGGUGAAAGAGAAAAGAGAAGAGAAAAUGAUGAGGAAAGAGGUGGCAUUAUGGCAGGGGAAAGGAGAAGUGAACUUCAUGGUGUAAGAGGUGGCAUUAUGGCAGGGGAAAAGAGAAGUGAACUUCAUGGUGUAAGAGGCAUUAUGGCAGGGGGGAAGAGAAGAGGUGAAAAGAGUCAUAAGAUAGCAGAAGAGAAUAGACAGGCUAAACAUGAAAACAAGGGUAAUGAAACAGCAAAGGAAAAACAACAAGAGAAACAUGGUGAAGAGGGACAGGCCACAGCAGCAGAGAAGAGUCAACAACAGCAUGGAGGCAAUGUAGUUAGAGAGAGAAGAAAUGCCAGAUCUGGAAAUCAUGGGGAAAAUCAAGGCCAUAAAGAAGGAGAGAGACUAGGACAGGAACCAGGAGAAAGAGAAAGUCAGAAGAAGGGAGAAAGAAGAGCCCGUUCAAACAAUAGUAGAAGAGAUGGGGUUGCUAAGGAUGUAAAUGAAAAUUCCAAAGGUAAGGAAAGUAACGAGCAAGGACAACAAAAUCAUGGUGAAAGAGGUCACAAUAUAACAGAGGGAAAGAGAAGAGAAAAUCAUGAUGAAAAGGCUCAUAAGAUAGCAGAAGAGAAUAAACAGACUAAACAUGGGGGAAAAGGUCAUAAAACAGCAAAAGAGAAGCAAGAGGAGAAACAUGGUGAAGAGGGACUGACCACAGCAGCAGAGAAUAGUCAACAAGAGCAUGCAGGCAAUGUAGUUAGAGAGAGAAGAAAUGUCAGAUUUGGUCAUCGCUGGGAAAAGCAAGGUCAUAAAAAAGGAGAGAGAAUAGGACAGGCACCAGGAGAAAGGGUAGGUCAGAAGAACAGAGUAAGAAGAGCCUGUUCAAAUAAUAAUAGAAGAGAUGGGGUUGCUAAGGGUGUAAAUGAAAAUUCCAAAACUGAGGAAAAUAAUGAGCAAGGACAAGAAAAUCUUGGUGAAAGAGGUCAAAUAAUAGCAGAGGGGAAGAGAAGAGAAAACCAUGUUGAAAAGGGUCAUAAGAUGGCAGAAGAGAAACAUGGUGAAGAGAGACAGGACACAGAAGCAGAGAAGAGUCAACAACAGCAUGCAGGCAAUACAGUUAGAGAGAAAAGACAUGCUAAAUCUGGUAAUAAUGAGGAAAAGCGAGGCUAUAAAGAAGGAGAGAGAGAAGGACAGGAGCCAGGAGAAGGGAUAGGUCAGAAUAAUGGAGAAAGAAGAGGUCAGAAGAAGGGAGAAAGAAGAGCCCGUUCAAAUAAGGAAGCUAGGGAUGUAAAUGAAAAUUCAAAAUCUGAGGAAAUUAAUGAGCAAGAACAACAAAAUCAUGGUGAAAGCGGUCACAACAUAGCAGAGGAAAAGAUAAAAGAAACUCACAGUAAAAAGGAUCAUAAGAUAGCAGAAGAGAAUAGACAGGCUAAACAUGGAAAAAAGGAUCAUAAAACAAUAAAAGAGAAUCAACAGGAGAAACAGGAUGACAAGGGACAGGCCACAGCAGCAGAGAAGAGUCAACAAGAGAAUGCAGGCAAUGUAAUUAGAGAGAAAAGACAUACCGGAUCUGGUAAUCAUGGAGAAAAGCUAGGCCAUAAAGAAGGAGAGAGAAAAGGACAGGAACCAGGAGAAAGGGUAGGUCAAAAUGUGGGUGAGAGAAAUAAAUCUAACAACCCAAGUUACAAUCAAGGGAAAAAUGCAGAUAAUGAAGUUAGAGAGAAAAGAGAAGCCAGACCUCAAACUGGUAAUCACGUCAGCAGACACCCAAGAGAUUUACAUGGGUAUUUAAAAAGAGAAAGUUCCAGCCCAAGUGACAAUCAGGGGGAAAAUGUACACAAUGUAGUUAGAGAGAAAAGACAUGCCAAAUCUCCAAGUCCGAGACAACAGCUCAACCAUAAAGAAGGAGAGACAACAGGACAGGAACCUGGGCAAAUGGAAGGUCAGGUAAAACAUAACAGGCAUCACCUCUGUAAUGAAACAUGUAAGCAUGAAAGUAAUGGGACCCAGAGACAUGAAUGUAAAUGGACCAAGGGAAGAAACCAUGAUAAUACUACCUGUGAACAUAACCGUACCUGUACACAUAACAGGACCAUGGAACACAAGCAUGAGAAGAAUUGGGAACGCAGGGAAAAAUGUAAGCAUGGAAACAACUGUACAAAAACAGAAUGUAAAUCAGGGAGAAUAUCAGACAACAAGGAACUGGAAAGAGAAAACAAAGAAUUAAAAGAAGAAAUAGAGGAGAAUAAAAAAACACAUACAGCUAGGGUAAAGAGACACGAAAAACAGAAAGAAAAGGAUUCACAAAGGAGACAAAAACAUGAAUCUGAAGAAGAUAAAUCCAGUGAGGAAGUUAAAAGUAAAGAAAUCAGAAAGAAUAAAAAAGGAAACAGAAAUGAUUCAGGAGGGAGCUCUUCUCAUGAAUCAGAGUCAAGUGAAGAACAGUAAUCAGUUCAGCAGACAUCAGUGGAGAGCAAUGACACGCCAACAGGCUCUUCAAAUAAACAGCUAUCAACCCCACCUCAAAUGCAACUAAUUCAAACAUUUGAACAGGCAGUUGAAAACAUGGAACAGAAAUCAGCUCAAUAAUUUAACCUACAACAGAGAGAAGCACAAAACCAGCAACCAGUUCCAGCAACUGCAUAGCCAUCAGCUACAGUUGACGAGGUGCCACCUAUUAACAAUUAACAGCCAACAUUACUACCAGCUGUCCAACCACAAAACUCACCUGAAGAACAGGCAUUGGGUGCAUAGACCAUGCAACAAUCAACUUUAGAUAAUUAGUAGUCUUCUGUGCUGACAUAGUAGAAGUGAAUAGUAGUUUGUUUCUGCAAGUAAACAGCACCGAAAUUUAGUUUAUGUUAUAAUUGGUGUAGUAAAUAUAGAAUAUAACAGGGAUGCAGGGAAACAAAUAUUGGGUUGCUAGCUUUUGAAUUUAUACUAAAUAUACUUAUGUGCUAUAAUGUUAGGCAACACUAGGCCAUCUUGCACUAACAUGUUUUUUCUGGUGUCUUCCUAAGAGUAGUUACACUCUUUGUUCCUGUGCAAAACUUUUAAUAAAGAGCUUUCUUCAA